AUGUUCAAACAACAAUUGUCACCUAGGAGCAUUCACCCUUAUCAAACUACGGUAGUACCUAGAAGCGAGCAACAAUUUUCGUCAGCAUCGCAACAAAGGGUUAAAUACCCGUGGGCAGAAGAUAUUAAUACACCUGUAUAUCAGGUUCCUGGAACCGACAGUUCAACAUCAGAUAAUGCUUAUCAUCUACCCCAUUAUUAUAAUGAAAGUCUAAGAGAAUAUGGUCCACCAUCUCCUAUUUACCAAACGCCUUAUGGUACUAGUACUGGUACAUGGCGCAACUAUAGAAAAGGGGAGAAAGUAUCUGUCCAUUGUACGGCAACAAACACUUAUGCAUUUCCCCCAUGUGCCUCAUCAUUUUCACUUCCAAUGUGUGAUGCAGAUCCUCACACUCAAGUUGUGAGUCGUUCACCUGUUCCAACAGUAAUAUCUGUAAGCACAGAAGUGCCCAUUGUUGGGGCUUGUGGUGGGCAUUGUCCAGGAUUUGAAUAUGUGUGCUACUAUAUUUUACAAGUUAUAUUUGUUGUAGGUAUUUUAACUGGAAUCUCUUUAUGUAUUGCUGGUAUUGUACUAAGGCGUACAAACCGUAAUGGUGAUCUUGGAGUAUUAGUUUAUAUUGGUUGCCUUGCUUCAUGUGUGUGUAGCGUAUUGCUUGGUGUACAGUGCUGCGUACGUCGCGAAAUCAGGCAGCGAAAACUGCGAGCUAAUAUGCAUAUACCAAUGCAAUCCAUGCAGGAAGCACCAGCCACAGCUUGCCCAUUAAUUACGUCAUCAACGUUACCUCAUAGUCGUGUGUACAGGCCUACCGUAAAUGUAUGCCAUGAAGACGAUGUAACGGGAGUACCUUGGUGGCGUCGUACUACUACUACCAGAGACUGA